AUGACCGUGCACCCUAUGACCGACACGCUGCAAGAAAUCACGAACCUCGUCAAUGCCAAGUGCGGCAGGACAUUUGACGUGCUACUUCUCAAUUUCUACAAGGACGGCAGUGACUACAUAUCCCUCCAUUCGGACGAUGAGACCAGCAUAGACAGGACGGCCAUUGCGAGUCUGUCGCUGGGGGCAUCGAGAAUCUUUCGGCUCAAGCAAAAGGGAGCCAAGGGCAUCGACCGCGUGGACUUUUUGCUGGAAUCGGGAGAUUUAUUGCUCAUGAAGGACAAGUGUCAGGACGACCUCAAGCACACGGUGCCCAAGUCGUCCAAGGUCACAGAAGGCCGCAUCAAUUUGACCUUUCGCGUGUCAAGGGCAUGA